AUGAAUUAUGCCGCUUCCACUCUGUCUGCGACUGUGAGGAAAUUCUCGCUUCAUGAAGAUCAAGAGUCCACGGGGAAUAUCAAUCUGUUGGCGGAAGCGGUCAUUCAUUCCACGUCUGCCAAGUUGAACAUACAGCCCGAUCAGGACUAUCGAACGUUCGUUGAAAUGUUCACGGGAGACAACCUUCGCCUGGAGAUGCUGGGCCUGAUAUACACCAUUGCGGCUCGAGCUCAUGGAAAGAGCAUGCCGAUAGAAGUCGAGCAGGAUGAUGAAUUGUUGCAUGCAUUGUUCAAGGCCGCUCAAUCUUGCUUGUACCUGGCGCGGGAGCUGGCUCCGAGUGUCAACGACGUUAUGAUAUGGCUGUCGUUUGAGCUCACACGACUAUACACAAAUGCGCAAGGAGACUCACAUCCGAAUGUCUGGAGAUCUCUGGGGGACCUUACCUCGGAUGUCUACAUACUGGGCAUCCAUCGCGAAUCUAAGGCAGCUAGCGGUACUCCCUUUUGGCUUGCAGAGUGUCGGAGAAAGAGUUGGGCUGUUAUUUACCAAUGGGAUAAAUUCGGGGCUAAGCUCUUCAACAGGCCGCCAAGACUGAAUUAUUUGUACUCCGACUGCGCAUUACCCGCGAACCUCAGUGACCAUGAGCUCUUGGGAGAUCCAGUCACUCUCCAGGAAGCGCGGAGCAAACUGACGGCCAACGGCUGGAACCCGGACGGGCUAUACUGCAGCACUACUUGGUGCCGCAUGCGGUACAUGGCGAGCGUGAUUCAAGAAAAGAUUAUCGCCUACGAGUACCAGACAGUUACGCCCGACUCUACUCGUGAGUUGCUUGUGCUUUACGACCAAUUGAAUGCAUUUUGGGACUCUGUUCCUGACAAACUGCGCUACACGCCCGAAGUGUGGUAUACAAAGGUUCAUCCGAAGGAAUGUUUAAUGCUGGCUGUCGUCUACCUGCUGCAUCUUCAAAGCAGUUUCCGCAUUCACCGCAAGCUGAUGUCGUCAGAUGCACUACAUGCAAAAAAAGCCCUGGAAGUGGCAAGUCUGAUAGUCAACACUGUCAAUCAUCUUUCACAAGUACGAGAUCGCAGCAUUUUCCUGCGAUUUGACAACUCAUACGUAAUGCUGGACUACGGGCUCUCGGCCGCAGCAACGAUGAUCGAAGCCAUUUCCAAUAAAGGUGCUCAAAAUUGGCACGGGAUCAUUAGUCGAUCGAAGCUGGUUCGCGAUUUGUCCGUGUUCGUGGCCAGUCUCGAGGGCAUCUGUCAGCCCGGAGAAGCCAACCAUGCAGUUUGCACGAGGGCUGCACGAAGAAUUGCCAAGGCUUUGGAUGAAGUGCUUGAUUCUGGCACAACUACAAAAGAAGAUGAACGCUCGAAUCAAAUUGCUCAGACGGCCGCUACAGGAACUUUGGUUGACACGACAGCAGCCAUACAGCAGACGGUAGAGACUAGCGGAUGCGACUUGAUCGUCGGAGAGCAAAAUGGCUUUGAUGAACUAGAUUAUUCGGACCUGGAUUCUUGGCUAAGAAGCAUCGAUUGGACGGGUGUUGGCGCGGAUUAUACCUUUUAG